UGUUCUCGUGUCGUCCCGGCCAUUCGCCCGCGCUGUUGGUACCUCAACGCGAAUACACACGCGUUUGCCCGGUAAGUCGCCUCGCCAAAGCUCUCGAUGCAUCGUGCUGCGCAAUCUUUCCCCGAGCAUGAGGCCAGUGCUCGGUAUCCUCGGAGGCAUCGCAUUUUCCCCGUGUUGUCCCGAGCUUCGUCCUGCGCACCCACCGUCGGCCUCGUCCAAUUCCGCAGCACACUCCGUCCUCCGCGGCUUUGUCUUUGCUGCUCGAUUUGUUUCACCUCUUUGUUUUCGGACUAUUAUCCAUGGUGGACGUCUUUGCUGGUCUAUAAUUAAUUGGCGCGUGUUGCAUUUCGUGGAGGAUUAUGGUGUUGUUCAAGCGGAAACCCGUCCAGUACCUCCCACGACCGGUUAUCGAGGAUGACAGCUCCGAGGUCUGGGUCAUCCCGGAGACCAACGAGGUCUUCACAAAUUAUGAGCCAUACCUGCAGCGGAUGGACUUCUACAAACAGCGGAGAUUUAUAUGUGAAAUCACGGGUCAUUCGGGCUUGACUUUCUUCGAGGCGCUUAGAAGCGAGACGGAGGAGUCCAAAGAGGUCAACAGCGCCUUUCCCGAUGCCUUGAAGGAACCCAUCCUGCGCAGAAUACAAUUCUCCACAGUAUCGCGGGUCGAUAAUCUUGUGGAUGAGGUCUUCGAAGAAUUCAAGCAAGACUUCUACCCAGGAGAGCCAGUUUUGAUAUUGCUUGACGACAACACGCGUCUCCAUGGCAUCAUUCGCGACAAGGCCAAUUUCGCAGAGCAGCUCAAUACCGAUGGGACGGUUAAAACCCCGGCUUACGCGACAUAUCUCGUGAAGGUCCUGGACCGUCCAAAUGAAGAAGCGCUUUUGGACCAAGAGCACAUCACCCGAGACCGCAAAACUUUCACCAAGCAGAUGCUGCGUGCUUUUAUCAAGAACAACGUGACGAGGGAGUCUUGGAGCGGUGCCCCCUGGCUUGUGAAGGCCUCGAUCGCCGAAGAAUAUAGGAUAUCGACCGAAGUACCGAAGCAUCUUCAGUAUGGAGCUAAGGUCGCCGAGAAGAAAGCAAUGAAAAAGGCGGAUCAAGACGGAUUUUUCGGUUUCUUCGCCUCGCAACAGCUGCCUGAAUUGAAACCUGCGGUAAAGGCCCAAAAAUCGAAACCCUCACCCAACGACAUGGCCCGCUCAAAAGAGGCACAGUUUCUCGAAUACCAGCGCUCGCUCAACGGUAACCCGACCUUCGUCGUCAGCAACAAGCCUGCCGGUGUCUCCCGCACGUCUAAGUCCCAGGAGGCUGAAAAGAAACCGCAAGCCGCGCCCGCUGUGGUCAAACCUGAGUCUCCCCGACCCCCGACUCCGCCGCCGAUUAAGUAUCCCAUCGAGGAUCUCGACAUUGCGCCAGACCGUGAAAAGAAGAAGCAGCGACCGCCCCUUGAGUUCGUCAACAUAGAUGAAACCGACGAGGUUGAAGAUGACGGGGAUCUUCUGUAUGACGAGCUUGAGAUGAAAUCAGUGGGAUUGCUGCUUGAGACUUGGAAUACGCUGAAUGUGUAUUGCGAAGUUUUUCAACUUGAUUCCUUUACCUUCGACGAUUUCUUCCAGGCAAUGCGAUUUACUUCGGAUGACGUGGAUUGCGAACUAUUUGUUGAAAUGCAUUGCGCGGUGCUGAAGAAGCUGGUGAACGCCGAGAAAGAUGAUGGUGCCGUGCAAAUCUCUCUUCCCGAUCUUCCCGACGAGGACUCGGAAGAUUCCGAAGCCGAAGACGAGGAGGGAGAAGAAGAGGGAGAAGAGGACGCGACGCCCGAGCCAGUCGUCACCAGAAUGACUACUCGCAGUAGCCUGGCCAAGGCCGAGGCGGAAAACUUGAAGGAGCAAGCGAACGGGAGUCGCUCGAACUCGGUAGAAGUCAAAAUCCACCGUGCUGCCGAGCUUUUCGGAGACUACUCUUGGAUCGACCGUCUCCGGAAACGCGACUUCCGGAACGGUGGAUGGGAGUUGGUGAUGGCGGGCCUUUUGCAUCGACUGUCCAUGCGUCCCCGCCUGGAAAAAGUUUGCGACGAAAUUCUGAAGCACCUAGCCCCUCUUGAUGCCGAGCCAACUCAGGAGACGGUCCAGCAACAGUACUCCACCCUUGACGUCAAUCUGCGUAUCCAGGCUCUCCAAAUCAUCUGCAUGCUCAGUCUGGAAACCAAGGCCAUUCGCAACUACUUGGAGGAAUGCAGUAACCAGAUGACGGAAUUCCGCAAAGAGAAGAUCGAAUACCAAAAGUCUCGCAAAGCAGCUCUCGAGGAACUUCGUAAAUUACACCAGGAACGGAAAGCCCUUCAGCCUGAACCCGAGAAGUCGCCUACUCCAGCACCCGAAUUGGAGGCAUUGGAAGAUUCGAAGAUGACCGGUGUUGACGAAUCUGACCAAGGCAUGGACUCGGACGAUGACGACGAGCCUAAACAACGGUCAUUACGCGGAGGCAUGGACCGAAUUCUGGAACGCAAACGAAAACAGGAGGAGGAGCGCGAGAGAAAGGAGCAAUUAGCCAAGCAGCCGAAGGGCUCCAAGCAAUACCAGCGGGUGCUCAAGAAGAUCGAAGACCAGAAGGCGCAAGUCGCCAAGCUGGAGGAAAAGAUCGAAGUGGUGGACAAUGACCUGAGGGAAGCCGACUGUCCACGGACGAGAUGUCUCGGCAAGGAUCGCUUCUGCAACCGGUACUGGUGGUUUGAGCGGAAUGCGAUGCCUUACGGUGGAAUGCCCAACAGCUCCACGGCUGAGGCGGCCUACGCCAACGGUCGCCUAUGGGUCCAAGGGCCUGACGAGAUGGAGCGCGUUGGCUUCAUCGACGUGCCCGACGAUAUAAAGAAGCAAUACCAGAAGGAUUUCCAAACCACGCCAGCGGAGCGCAAGAAGACCGAGGAAGGCUCUACUCGACUUUCGAACGCCGACGAAUGGGGCUUCUAUGACGAGCCGGAUGCGCUAGAGAAACUCAUCGACUGGCUGGAUACACGGGGAAACCGUGAGUUGAAAUUGCGCAAGGAGCUGCUGCUGCAGCGGGACAACAUUGCGAAGUAUAUGAACCGUCGCACGGAGUACCUGGCACAAACCGCCGAGAGAGCCGAGUCCGAGGAGGUGCCAGCCAAGCGGAUGACCACGAGAACCAAAACAUACGGGGACGACAACCAGCAUCGUUGCCUGAAAUGGCACAAUGUGACGGCCUUGUCCGAGAAUGGGCAUCUCCAUGUCGAUGCUUCCCGGCCGGCCAAGCGAGCGAAGCGGACCACCGAUGAACCCAAGGACAUCAAGGCGACGAAUCGACAAGGCAAGCCGCUCACGAGACAGGGAACGCGGUACAAUUUUUAGAUGCACCGGAGUGUCGCAUCCAUUUGUCUAUUGAAAUUCACCGGCGUUCUCGGUCCUUGUACAUGUCAGAGACCUAGGGAUGGAGGGUAACAAUUGGGAGGUGGUCGCAGCCUGUUUGAUUUUGAUUUUAUUAUUAAAAAGAAAAGGUCUUUUUUUUGGGUUGCAUGAGCGAUGAGACCAUGAAAUUUGAAUUUCGACAGCCCACCUAUAUAUACACGCAGAUACAUACUAUAUCCAUCAGUUGGAUACUUCAUGCGAGUGGGGAAGCAUUUUGGCCAUAGAGGGAGUUGAAUGGACUUUUGCAUCGUUCUAG